AUGGCGCAUAUGGCGUUCCAAGUAGCAGCAGCAGGCGCCGAGGGGCUCCUGGCGAUAGCCCUCGGGCCCGACAAGGCCGAGGAGGCUCUUUCUUGGGGCUACUACGCGGCAGGAGCCGCGGUGGGGACUGUGGAGGCCUUCAGCGCCGCCUACAAACGGCUAGGCAGCGUGGUGAUCGCGCCGGCCGAGGACAGGGGCGCAGAUGCGGGCGCGGCGCUGAUGACCCAGGAGGCGGCCGCCGCAUCGCUGUCGGAGGGCAGCAAGGCAUCGACGGCGCCUGCCGCCAUCACGAUCCACGUGGUGGCUGGCGACAUCGAGGAGGGCAAGGCCCAGGAGGGGGACGAGCAGGAGGAGGAAGAGCUGGUGUCCUGCGUGGACGCCGACAAGCGGGAUGUGCGGAAAGGGGAUUGUGUCCUCAUCACUUUCUUCCCGGAGGGUGAGGGCACCUGCCCUGCCGGCCGCGGCCAAGUGUACAGGCUUGAGUUGGACGCCUUCCCCUCCAACCCGCCGCACACUGGUGCUGGCUCGCGGAGCCGCCCCAGCUCACCCGCCAAGGGCAUGCCAGCUGGUGAUGACGACCAGGGUUCGUUUGACGACAUCAGCUCCGCCGCGCACGCCAGCGUCGAGCUUGGAGGCAACAGCACGGCGUGCACGGACAUCGUGAGCUCGCGGCUCUGGGCGCCGCAGGCGGAGCCCCGGCUGCUGGAGGCCGCCGCCGCCCCCCUCAGGGCCGCCAGGCAGCAGGAGGACGGCGGCGCGCGCGGCGGCGCGGAGGGCGGGCUGCCUCCCUACGUGCUGGCCACGUACACCGAUGCGGCGAGGAGGUAUAAGGUGCUGGUGAACCCCGACGACGGCUCCCUGAUGGUGACCGUAUAUGGGCAACGCGUGCGCCUCAGCCACGACUGCGAGGAGGGGCUGCACCGCAUCGUCAUCGACCACCCGGAGUGA